AUGCAUCAGGCCAGCAGGCUAUCUAAGGCGCCACCCAGCCUGGCCAGCGAGCUGACCUUCAGCGGCACGGCGCAGCGAGGAGUGCCUGUGGUGUCUCUCAAUGUGGCGAUGGCGGCGCAGCCCGGCGGCGGCAAGGCAGCCGUGCGCUGCGGCUGCCGCGGCGCCUGCACCCGGAACUGCAGCUGCAAGAAGAAUGGCGAAUUCAUCCGCCCCUUCCUGCCCGAGCAGCAUCGAGCCUUCUAUUCCUCGAUGCUGAACCUGCUGUACAUCGGCGCCAGGGACCAGCAGGGCCGGGUGUGGGCCAGCGUGCUGGCGGGCGCCCCUGGCUUCAUCACCAGCGACGGCCCCAACCACCUGGCCAUCGCCCCCGGAUCCCAGCUGCCUGCAGACCCUGCGCACUUUGUGCCCGGCAGCUCCGUGGGUGGCCUGGGCCUUGACAUGGCCACCCGCCGGCGCAACCGCGUCAACGCCACCGCCACCCGCCUGGCCGCCGACGGCACCCUGCACCUGCGUGCGGAGCAGACGGUCGGCAACUGCCCCAAGUACAUUCAGACGCGCCAUGUGCGCCUGGAUGCAGCCCGCCUGGCGGCCUUGCAGCGCGGCGAGUCAGGCGGCGACAUGGUGGACAGCACUGGCCCGCUGGGCGAGGAGCAGCUGGCGCUCAUCCGCGGGGCUGACACUUUCUUCCUGGCCACCUGCGGUAGCAAGGCAGCCCCUGGCCCCGCCCCUGCCCAGCCGCACGCCGGCUGCGACGUCAGCCACCGGGGCGGGCCGCCGGGCUUUGUGGAGUGCGGUGCCGACGGGCUGAGCCUGCAGUGGCCUGACUAUGCGGGGAACUCGUUCUUCAUGUCCUUGGGCAACCUCCACGUCAACCCGUCUGCCGGCCUGCUGUUCAUCGACUGGCUGAGCGGCGGCGUGCUGCAGCUGAGCGGUACCGCCGAGAUCGCGUACGAUGACCGCAGCAUGCCCGGCGCGCAGCGCGCCGUGCGCUUCCGCCUCGCCGCCUGGCACUGGGCCCCCACCGCGCUGCCCAUCCACCCGGCGCCCGUGCUGGAGCGCAGCCCCUACAACCCACGCCUGCUGGGCAGCGCAGCAGCGCCUGCUGCGCACACCACGGCGGUGGAGUGUGUGGGCGUGGCGGAGGAGGCGGCGGGGAUCAAGACCUUCUCCUUCCGCGCGCCCCCCGGCUUCUCCUACGCCGCCGGCCAGUUUGCCAGCUUCGAUUUCGAGGUGGCUGCAGAGGGCGGCGCGGCGGGCGCCACCAGAACCCUCCACCGCACCUGGACGCUGAGCAGCCACCCAGCAGAUGCAGCGGCCGGCGGCGCCUUCACCAUCACCGUCAAGCGAGCGGGCCUCAUGUCUGGCUGGCUCCACGACAGCCUGCGGCCAGGGAUGGAGCUGCAGCUGCGCGGCGUGGGCGGAGAGUUUGUGGUGCGGCAGGAAAGCAUGCGGCCUGUGCUGCUGCUGGCGGGCGGCAUAGGCAUCACCCCCAUGCGAGUCAUGUUUCAGGAGCUGGUGCGGCGCCAGGUGCCCGCCGCCCUGCUCUACUCGGUGCGCCGCCCAGAGGAGGCAGCGUUCCUGCCUGAGCUGACCCGCCUUGCACAGCGGGCCUCCGAGGCAGCAGCGGCAGCGGCUGGCAAUAGCAGCGGCAGCAGCGGCGGAGGGGGUGGCAGCACAGGUCCCGGCGCACGCCCCGCGUAUCGCGUGCUGGUUACAGCCACGGGCGGCGGCAUCGGCGGUGGCCAGGGCUGGCGCAGUGGCCGCGUCGAUGCGGCCCUGGUGCGGGAGGCGGUGGGGGACCCAGCGGCCUGCGAUGUGUACAUGUGCGGGCCGGGCGGGUUCAUGGACGCGGCCACAGCGCUGCUGGAGGGGCUGGGAGUGGACCCGGCGAACAUCCACACAGAGAGCUUCGAUUUCUGA